AUGACUAAAAAGAGAAAUCCUUCAAAAAAAUCAUCAAAUAUUCAAGAAUCUUAUUUUGACGCUGAAAGAAUUUUGGAUGAAAAGAAAGUUGGUGGAAAAUGGCUUUAUCUAAUAAAAUGGUCCGGACAUGAUAGAAAUGGGAAACCUUGGUCUCCUGAUUGGCAACCAAAAGAUAAUUGUACGGCAAUGUUAUUAAAAGAAUGGGAACAAGAAAAAUCUAGACAACGUAAAAAACAAGAGGAACAAAAAGAUAAAGAAAAUCAUAAGGGUUCAAAUCAAGAAAAAAUGGAUGUCGUACAAGAUGAUGAUCCAAUGGAUUUACAAGAUAAUAAUAAUAAUAAUAAUAAUAAUACUAUUAACAAGUCUGAAUCAAAUAAUCCAUAUAGCAUAAUGGAGAGAG